AUGGCGUUCUUGUUUUUCAUUUUUUAUUUGCUACCUACAGUUUGUGCUUUCUUAUUCGAGGGAAACCACGGUCAUCCAGGGCAGGGAUCGGGUACUGAGUUUUUCCCAAAGGACUGUCAGGACAUUUUAUGGUCGGGAUAUUCCGAGAGUGGGGUGUACACAAUUUACCCUCAGGGUAGUGGACAACUCGACGUCUUCUGUGAUCAAAAAACAGAUGGCGGCGGAUGGACGGUUUUUCAAAGAAGGAAUGACGGUAUAAUUGAUUUCUUUCGGAACUGGAUUGAUUACAAAUACGGAUUUGGAAAUAUAUCGGAUGAGUUCUGGCUAGGGAACCAUCGCAUUUAUGAAAUCGUCAAGCAGGGUUUCUAUGAACUUCGCAUUGAUAUGGGGGACUUCAACAGUGUUAGAAAAUAUGCCUUAUAUAGAAGAUUUUCUAUCGGUGACGAACAUAGCGGGUACGUUCUGACUGUUGAGGACUACAUUGGAGACGCAGGUGAUUCACUUACCCGACACAGUGGGUACCAGUUUUAUACUAAAGACCACGAUUCUAAUAGCUGUGCUGCCAGAUAUAAAGGGGGUUGGUGGUAUGAAAAUUGUCACUCAUCCAAUCUUAACGGACUCUAUCUAACUGGUAGCCAUGAUUCCUAUGCUGAUGGAAUUAACUGGUAUUCCUGGCAUGGCUAUCAUUACUCCUUAAAAUUUACAGAGAUGAAAAUAAGGAGAUUAUAA